CAUACGUUUCUCAUGAUGUCAGAAAAAGUAGUUGGGUAUUCUCAAUAUUAUCUCACUAUAAGGAUGUUGUGAUAUGUAAGUUUGGAGUUGGGCAAUUCUAUUCCAUUACUAGCUGUUGAUAAAAUAGGUAUUUCUGUCGGCCGAACUGACGGAGGCAAGAAGGCGGAUGCACGGAGGAAAACAGCUUACGCCACGGAGGAGACGAGAACAGAGAGGAGGGUGCAUAGGCUACACAAAAUACUUUCCCUUUAAACAGGGGACACGGCGGCGGGGGAUAGAUAGAGAGGGGAGAGGGAAGAUAUUUAAAAAAAUAAAUAAAAGGAAGAAAGACAGCGAGGGUGGGAGGGAGAGAGAAAUAGAAAAAAAGAAAGAUGUCAUCCUCUCGUUUGAAAAGCCAAGGCGAAGCUUUGAUUGCGGCCGAUCAGGGACUCUCUAGCUAGGGACACGAUUUUACGCAACACCGAGGCUUUGGAAUCCACCACCGCUUUGGCCUCUCGGAGCUAUCGAAAUAAAUGACUCUUCCUCCACGCAUUUACAAACAACUGCGGACUUAUUAUUACUUUUGAUAUAUUUUUCCUUAUUUUCAAUAACCUAAUUUAUGCAUCGAUUUGAGAAUAUAAUUUUUCCUUGGGCUAAAAUAUAAAUAUACAAUGUAAAUUGCAUUGUAAAUGCAUCAUUAAAAGCAUGCAUCAACCAUUUUGUCGCAUUUUAGUCAUGUUGCAACCUUUCGUCCCCACACCAUAUAACAACAUUUUAGUCUAACAUCAUUACUGUCAUAUAAUAUUGGCAUAUAACUGACAGCCUUUCAAAAUUGAUCAUUCAUCUUCAAUAAUAAUUUAUUUUAUUGAAAUCACCGCGAUUUAAACUUCCACACAGAAAUAUUCACCUUUUGAUAUUUAAAACUGCAGAGAGGAACUAGGUAGGCUAUUACAGCAGGUGGAGUGAUUCAUCAGUUGGCCCCAGCCUAUGGUUGGUUGGCCCCGAGUCUCAGGGGGAUAUAUAUUUCUAGUUUUGACACCUGGAAUAAAAGUAUUUGACAUCAUCUUGCUUCAAAAUGGAUUCUUCUUGGAGUAAUUUUCUGUUUCAGGUAGCCUAGUGGUUAGCGCAUUGGGCCAGUAACCGAAAGGUUGCUGGAUCGAAUCCCAGAGCUGACAAGACUCCUCUCUCACAGACCCAGUCUGAGACAGCCCUCCAAUCAGAGCUUCUUCCGGACAUGACUGGCUCUGCCCAGAGCCCCCCUACAGAGCAUAUAGCCCCUCCCCCAUCCACAGUGGACACAGCCGCCCUGAAUGAAGAGCCAUUACCUGAGAAGGCCGUCUCCAAGCCUGGCCGGCCGACACACAUCUGCAACACAUGUAACAAGCAGUUUAAAAACAACUACAACCUCCGGCGCCAUCAGUCGGUGCACACUGGCAUCAAAAUGAAGGACAGAGCAGCCAGAGAGAGGGAGGAUGAGAGCAAGGGAGGAGGAGGACGGCAAACAAUCCCUCUCUCCCUCCUCCACCUUUCUCUGCCCUCUCAUCCUCCUCCUGCAGAAUCCCUCCCCCAACCCUCCCCACUUGGAAACCAGGAGGGCCAAUCUGUUGCGGUGUCCAUUGCCCCAGCUACCGUCACCAUGGCUGCGCCCCAGGUGCUCCAAGCUGCAGUUGUGGUUGCUGGGACAAUGGUACAGAACCAGAACCUGGGGCCUCAACCCAACCCCAACCCUAGCCCCAACCAGGUGAGGAAGAACCAUGCGUGUGAGGCCUGUGGGAAGGCCUUCCGAGAUGUGUACCACCUGAACCGCCACCGGCUUUCCCACUCGGACGAAAAGCCCUACCACUGCCCCAUCUGCCAGCAGCGCUUCAAGAGGAAAGACCGCAUGAGCUACCAUGUACGCUCACACCAAGGAGGGGUGGAGAAACCUUAUGUCUGCCCCCACUGCGCCAAGGGAUUCUCACGACCCGACCACCUCAACAGUCACGUCAGACAGGUGCACUCCACUGAGAGACCCUUCAAGUGCCCGACCUGCACGUCUGCCUUCGCCACGAGGGACCGUCUCCGUGCCCACCUGAUUCGCCAUGAGGAGAAGGUGCCGUGCCACAUCUGUGGCAAGCUCCUCUCUGCCGCCUACAUCACCGAUCACAUGAGGGUCCACAACCAAUCACAGCACCAUGCCUGCCACCUCUGCAACCGCAGCUUCACCACCCUCACCUACCUGCGUGUCCACGCUCAGAAACACCACGGCCAGGAGUGGAAGGAGAGCGGCGGGACACGGGGCAUGUUCGGUGGGGCCGGUGCCGGCGGGGUGCUGCUGUGCCAACUGUGUGGGGUGCAGUGCAAGACACCCACCCAGCUACAGGGCCACAUGGGCACCCACGCCGUCACCCAGGUCCAGGGCGAGCCCAGCAGUAGCCUCACGGGGACCGGUACCAUGGCUGUGGCCGUGUCUCUGUCAGGCAGAUCAACUGUGGGCCUGCUGGUCACUGACUGCUCCAGCAUCGCCCCCCAUUCUCUCAGCUAGCAGCCAGGCCCAUUGGAGGGAAGGGGGAGAGGGGAUGGAGGUAGAGGGGUUUCGUGGAGAGAGGAGUGGAUGUGGCUCUGGGGUGAAGUUUCCCCUAAGUACAGAUGUAGGAUCAGCUUCCCCUCCCCCAAUCCUAACCUUAACCAUUAGUGGGAAAACUGUACCAGGAUCAGCAUAUAGGGGCAUUUACCCUCCAGUGGAUGUCUAUGUAUGUUAUGAAGGACAAAGUAUGCUGCAAACCAGGUCCCCUUUGUAUUUGAUCCUAUUUAAAAUGUUGCUGUUUAUGCAACAGUCACUUUCUCAACUGCCAUUGGUGGACACGAGAAAUGGGAGGAAAGGAGAGACCAUGGAAUCCCCGUUUUUUUUCUUUCAAUUAAAUUCUACUGAACGAAAUAUAAAGUUUUCCGGUGCAAAAUGCCACUUUUCCAUUCACACAGAACACAAACUCCCAUAACAAUGUUUGGGAUUUUACAAAUACAUCGCCAUUUAUUUUCCUUGGAAAUAUUGAUUAUACAAUAUAUGAUCACCCUGAUGCAGUAUGAGCUGUGGUCCUACAUGGGCUUUUAGCUUUUUCAAAUGAACUGUCUCCAAGAAAGGACUGUUGCCUUUUCAUCAGAAAUAUGUCAUCACCAUGUAACUUUACCCUAUGACUGAUAGACAGGUGGCAUCAAAUGGGUAUUUAUUUGUAUAUUUGGCCACUGAAUGCUCAUCUUUCUUUGUUUUUAUGAUCUUGUUAUUACUCUGGAUGCUCUGAUUUUUUUAUUCUCUCAAAAAUGCAUUGGUCUGGAAAGUAUUUGUACUUUUGUGACACGUUUUUGUGAGACUGUAUUCUUGACUGUUCAUCUGUUGGUGUAGAAUCUCCUCUGUUAACGUCACUGUAUUAAAGCCGUAGUAUGUAUAACCUA